AUGGCCAGCAAAUCUCAUAGAACUGUCAAUGAGGACGUCGGGCAGGGUUCGCAGCCAAAACAUUGGGCGGCCAAAGCGUCUCAUUCUUCCCAGACUGCUCAAGAAGUAGCUCAAGGAGAGAUUAAACAGAAUGAAGGUCCAUCUUAUGCUCCCCCAUCGUUCAAGACUUCCUUUACCACUUCUGGAAAAGGCGGUGGUGCCGUCAGGUCGCUUGGUGAGAAGAUGGAAGUGAAUGCUGCAAAUGGUACCCUCUCAUUUUCGAUACCCGUUGCGACAUCCGAUUCUCGGUCAGGAUUUCAACCUCAGUUGAAUUUGUCUUACGACUCUGGCCAUGGGAAUGGUCCGUUUGGUUUUGGCUGGGGUAUAUCUAUCCCAUCAAUAUCACGCAACACGAGCCGGGGAAUUCCAGUCUAUGAUGACGAGAAAGACGUCUUUAUGCUCACUGGCCUGGAAGAUCUAGUCCCGCUGUUGGAUGGGACGAAACUGGUGGAGACGGUGGUUGAAGAGUAUUGUGUUCGACAAUAUCAGCCACGAGUAAUCUCGGAUUCCAUUCGCAUUGAACGCUGGUCCAAACUUGCGGAUCCUGAAGAUAUACACUGGAGGACAAUCUCCAAUCAAAACACCACAACCAUCUAUGGCUGGACGGAUAAUUCGAGGCUUGUAGACCGCUCCGAAAGACCCGCCCGUAUAUUCUCAUGGCUGUCCUGCUAUUCGUACGACUCAUAUGGAAAUGCAAUGUCGUAUGAGUACAAGUCUGAGAAUGAGGCUGGUGUUGAAGCCAAUGAGCUGCUUUGGGAGAAGAAUCGCUCUUCCCAGGUACGCGAGCGACAGAGAUACAUCAAGUCAAUCAAGUAUGGGAACAAAUAUCCGGCUCGAGACCCAGCGGAUUGGGAUGUGGUCAUACAACCCACAGAUUGGAUGUUUGAGCUGAUUUUUGAUUAUGGAGAGCAUCACGCAACGUUCCCAACAACGCAAGAGGAACAUCCCUGGCCUGUGCGCAAAGAUCAGUUUUCGAGAUGUAAUAUUGGGUUCGAAGUCAGAAGCUACCGUUUAUGCCGCAGAUUCCUUAUGUUUCAUCAUUUUCCAGAUGAAUUAAAGCGAAGCGACAGUUUGGUAUCUUCGACUAAUCUGAUAUACGACGAGGAAGAUCGUGGAACUUUUCUCAGCUCUGUCACUAUUUGUGGUCAUUCUGCCCCUGAAACAGGCGGACAGGCUGCCUAUAUCACCGAGAUGAUGCCACCGAUCAAGUUCGAAUACAGCACGGUACCAUCACCAGAAGAGCUCGAACUUUGCUCUGCCCAGACUGCUAAUGUUUUGUCUCUGCCCAACGCUGGUUCGAUCCUAGCAGAAUGGGUAGACCUGAAUGGUGAUGGAAUUCCCGGAAUUCUUAGCAGACAACGAGACGGAAGGAUGUGGUAUCAGCGAAACUGUAGCACGCUCAAAAAAAGCCCAGAGUUGGAGUUCGGCGCUGCAGAGUGCCUGACUCAACAACCAAGCUUCGGGUACAAGGAGGGCUACUAUCUGGAAGAUCUCGGUGGCACAGGUCAACUUGAUCUGGUCUGUCUUGAUGCACAGGGCAGAUUACAUGGAUAUUUUGAACGAGUCAACUCUGAGUUGUGGGCUGACUUCGCAACAUUCACGACGAUACCAACUGAGCCAAUGAUCAGUAAAGGUCUCGUUCGCACUGAUUUGACUGGCAACGGACUACUAGAUGUGCUGCGGCCUAGUGAUGCUCACCAUACGUCGUGGCAACCGUGCCUGGGAAAAGCCGGGUUUAGUGACUAUCGCAUGGUGCAAUUCACAGGAAAAGAUAUGCCACGAAUGACGAGCAACGAUAACGUCGCAGUAUAUCAUGCCGACAUGACUGGAGAUGGAUUAUCAGAUCUGGUCUUGAUAAGCAAUGGUGAUGUAGCUUACUGGGCCAAUCUUGGGCACGGGGUGUUUGGUGCCAAAACUCAAAUGGCUCAUGCUCCGGUCUUUGACAAUGAUUUCAGCUUCAAUCUUUCUCGUGUCAGACUUAUUGAUGUCGAUGGCUCUGGGACGGCUGAUCUCUUAUAUCUUUUGCCAGAAGGUGGAGCGAAUCUAUACUACAAUCUUUCUGGCAACUCCUGGAGCUCUGCUGUUCUCAUAUCAUCGUUUCCACAGAUUGAUCAAACCUCAUCAGUGUUUGCACUUGACCUGUUGGGAACUGGGACGGCAUGUUUAUGCUGGAGCCAGCCCUCAAUGUCAGCAGGAGGCCAAACAGCACUUCGAUACCUCGAUCUGAUGGGCUCUCAGAAGCCACACCUUCUUGUCAAAGUGUGUAACGAAAUGGGAAGUACGACCGAAGCUUCAUAUACGCCGUCAACAGACUUCUGCCUGCAAGAUGAAGCAGAGUACAAGCCUUGGACAACAAAACUCCCGUUCCCAGUCCAGUGUGUCAAGGAGGUCAUCACAACUGAUCAAAUUACUGGUAUAAAGAAGGGAGUGAAAUACAGAUACCACGACGGAUAUUUCGACGGUGAAGAGCGCGAGUUUAGGGGCUUUGGCAUGGUGGAGCAGAUAAAUGAAGAAAUCUUUCCACUGCCAGGCGCCAAACCUUUUCGGGACAGCUGCUCGAUGACUAGGACAUGGUAUAACACCGGUUCCGCGCAACCUUCAAGCCGGGCUCUCUUUUCAGCUGCGACCACUUUCGACCGUCUUCCCGCUCAUUUGAAAGCGGAAGAUAGCAGACAGGCUUUUCGCGCUCUCAGAGGAACUGUUUAUAGGUCUGAAGUCUAUGAUGGUGAAGGCUGGAAUACUCAGAGUGUUCCAUACACAGCUACUGAAACUUCGCACCAAAUCAUCGAUAUUCAACUUUGCACUCCUCAAACAAAACACUGUAUUUUCAGAAUUGCGCCAAGCGAAACCCUUGAAACUGUUUACGAGGGGCAGAAAAGAGACGCAAGAGUCCAGCAUGAGAUCAUCUUAGCCAUCAAUGAUUACGGAGACGUUCAGGAGUCAGCAAAGAUCAAGUACCCAAGGACAAUGCUGGAAAACGUACCUGCUCUGCAGGCACAGUCACUCGCAGUGAUUGAGGUGGCAGAAGUGGACUUCACAAACGCCAUAUAUGAUGCAAAGAGCUUUCGUAAACCGAUUCCUAGUUGUAAGAGAACAUACGGUCUACCGGGUGUCGUGAUACCCUCUGUACUGACCACUGAGAAGCUAAAGCUGUUGCUCAAGGAGCAAGCCUCACAGUCCACAGGUAGGAUCAACACAGGGGAGCAACGACUCUAUUUUACUAGCACCACCCUUGACAGGCGCUUACCGCUAGGAUCACUUGAGCUGUAUUCCAUCGAGGCUCAGACCUUCGAUCUUGCAUUCACUCCGGAACAGCUGCACAAGGUCGCCACCCAAGAUCCCUCAUCGAGAAAAGCAUCGAGUAAGGAAAACCUCAUCGCUGAAGCAGGUUACACUGAUCUUGAUGCUAACGGCUACCUGUGGCGACCCUCACCUGUCUAUGGGUUUCGCCAAACAUUGCAAACAAAAACAGAGCUCGAAGCCGCCCGCACAUCAUUUUACGUGCGUAAUGUUACCAAAGAUGCUUUUGGUAGCGUAUCAUUCGUUGAGAUGGACAAGUAUAAGCUGCUUUGCACGAGCAUGACUGACUCUAUGGGCAACAAGUUCUCCACGAUCAAUGACUACAAAACUUUACAGCCAAUCAGUAUCACUGAUCUGAAUAUGAAUUAUCAGCAUGUUACCCUAGACUGCUUUGGCUGUGUUCUUGGGAUUGCUAACCAAGGCAAAAACGGGAGAGGAGAAGGAGAAUCAUUUGAUGACUUUGAGCAAUAUCUGCCACCCGAGGAUGUGGCUUUAUUCUUUGAACAACCUAGUGAGGCCCUAGCAAAGAAACUCUUAGGAUCUGCCUCCGAUCGAAUCAUUUACGAUCUCCAACGUUUCUCCAGGAACAAUAGCGCAGGCAAGGACCACUCGCAUCCUGCGCCAACUGCAAUCGGGUACCUGUCACGUGAUGGGCCUGGAGAUUCCUCUGCAUUCAAUGUUCGCAUUAAAAUAAUCUACCUGGAUGGCUCUGCAAGCCCAUUCCAGACCUUCGAGUACUGUGGGACCGACAGAUCUCGGUGGCGAUUUGCCGAAUGUGUUUUCACCAAUAGCAAAAAAAUGCCAGUGAGGCGCCAUUUGCCUAUCUUCACUGACAAUCAUCGGCCACUUCCUGUGAAUGAAAUUGGUGGCGCCAUGUUUUUGACUCUGCAUGACGCUCUUCAGCGACAGGUGGUCGAAAUUUCUCCAGAUGGGACUUGGACUAAAGUUCGAUACCUGUCUUGGUCCAAGUCCGAGUAUGAUGCUGGCGAUACCGUUCUUGAGGCUAAUCCUGCCUCAAAAAGUGGUGUUCGAUCUCUGACCGCUCAGCUACUCAAAGACAUUUCAUGGAGAUCUUGGUACGAGAUUCAUACACAGAGCGCAGAUGCUUUGAGUGCUCUCAGGUCUUGUGUGUACUAUGAUACUCCUGUCACUACACAUUGGGAUCCUAGCGGUAAUGUCUUGCUCACUGCGGAAAGUACCAACACUGAAACCCAUUGCCUGAGUUACGCCCACGAUAUCAAGGGCAACGUGAUCGCUGAGUAUGAUUCGCGGCGCAGAGUUACGUCCAGAUACGAAUUUGACAGUCUCAAUAAUUGCAUCUAUAAAGAGUACAUGGAUGGAGGUAAAAAUUGGCAGAUCCUCAAUAGCUUGGGCAAAGCCUUCGUGUCUUGGGACUCUCGUCAAAUUAUGCAUCGGACCAUUCAUGAUAAACUUCAACGGGAGAUUGAGGUUUGGGUGAGUGAGGCCAACGCUCCUGAAAAGCUCGUUGCGUCCGCUGUCUACGGUGAAAGCUGCCCAAAUAGCACCGAAUCUAAUCUACGUGGUCAGCUGUGGAAGCAAUUCGAUCAGUCUGGAGCAACGAAGAUGACAUCCUACAACAGACGGGGUAAGUGCACCCACAAAAAUUAUCAGCUGUGCCAGGAAUACAAAGAUGUGGUUGACUGGAAGACACAAGUAGAGCUGGAAUCAAAAGUCUGGCAGGUACAGAUGGAGCUAAACUAUUUUGAUGAAAUCACGAAAACUUGUAACGCAAACGGUAAGUGGACUAGGAAAGUAUACAAUGCGCUUGGAGAGAGGACGAGGGUUUUGGUGGCAUCCUCAGACGCCGACCUCGCGCUUUCGAAAAGCUGGCAGCCUUUCAUUCUCAACUCAACAUUCAGCGCCGAUGCGCUGCCACUGGUAAUCGAAUACGGGAAUGGAACAGUUUCGUCCUUCGACUACGAUGCUUCUUCUAGACAGCUGAUCAAUAAGAGAGUCGCCAGGCAGAGCGGCAAGAUACUUGAAAACACCUAUUACACUUACGACUGUAUGCGCAGGAUAGUCCGUACUGUCAAUAGUGCCGAGCAAGACGUGUUCUUCCGAAAUUGCAGGAUCAAGCCCGAGUCUGAAUAUACCUACGAUGCGUUUGGUCAGUUGAUAGCAGCAACUGGUCGAGAGCAAAUUGUUCUGGCUAGCGGUGCAGGAAAUCGGCUUGCUCCUUACGACGCGUCAACUGGAAGCUCGCGUAGCAAGCUUUUGAGUGAUGGAAUCCAGCUCUGUGCCUAUUUGGAAGAGUAUCAAUACGACCUUACGGGCAACCUGACUCUGGUCAAGCAUUCCCCAAGGUUUGAUGACAAAAUUCAAGGCUGGACAAGAAGAUAUACUUACGAGCACCCGAACAUGUUGGACGGCAGUACGAAUAGCAAUAGACUUAGCUAUACAACAGUUUCCGGCAUUGAGGAAAGGUACAAGUACGAUGGAGAUGCCGGUGAAGCUGGCCACAUCACCUCGAUGCCGGGAUUUUCUUCGAUCACGUGGGGUUUCAGUCGGCUAAUGUCUUCCACAUCUCGUCAAAAUGUCAACGACGGUACUCCUGAAACCACAUAUUAUGUCUACAAUCACAAAGGAGACAGAAUACGCAAAGUUUGCGAGCGAUCCAACGCAUUGCAGCCAGUAGCCGAAGGGCAGAGCAUUAAGAGGACUGAUACAAUCUACCUCGACAAUGCUGAGAUCUUCUUCAGAUUUUCAGGCAACGGAGCACCUGCGUCCACUCGCACUUCGUCUCACAUCACCAGCACGUCCCGUUUUGCAAUGAUUGAGGAGGACGAAGCCUUGGAUGAGGGCCCAUUGAUCAGGUACGAAGUCAGUAGCAGUCUGGAGCUUGACGACACAGGUCAAAUCGUGUCUUACGAAGAAUAUGCUCCAUAUGGAGCAUGCACUUUCGCUGCUUCGGGAAAAAAAGUCGAGGCAGAUCGACGCUAUCGGUUUGCCAGAUACCUUCGAGACGCAGAGACAGGUCUCGACCUAUGUGGAGAUCGAUACUACGCUCCCUGGAUUGGAAGAUGGCUAUCCCCCGAUCCUAUUGGAAGUUCGGGUGGCGUCAACUUGUUUUGCUACUCUUACAAUGAUCCUGUGAACUUCAAAGACCCAACAGGGAAUGAACCGAAAGAGCAUAUCCCGGGUGAACCGAAAAUACAAAAUUUAAAACACCUAUCACCCAACAGUUCAUCCACAAAGCAAACCAACCUAUAUUCAAGAUUGGAAGGCUUCAAGACCAGCGUCGAAGAGUGGUCUCAGACACGUACUGGCCAGACUGUGGUCACAUUGCUUUCCAUCGCGGUACCGGCGGUGAUUGCACUCUCAGGCGUCGGGGGUGUAGUAUAUACUGCCAUCAGCGGCGCUUCGGCGCUUUACAAGCUGUGGGGCAAUAUCCACAACAAGACUGCCAAGACUUCAUGGAAAGAGAUCAUAAUGCAAGAGCUGAAGGGCGGACUGGCCGCUAUGGUCAUAGGCCAGAUACCAGGGAUGACUGAACUGGUGGCGCACGCUCAACAGGCGCUUGAAAUAGCCCAAGAUCCCAAGGCGUUCUUCUCCAGUCUAUUCAGCACAGAUUACAUGGUAGGGAACGUGGCUAAUGAGAUUCGGCGGUUUAUGGGAGAUUUGGGUGCGGGAGAAACUAUGGUUGCUUUCGUGAAGGACGUUGCCGGAUUUACUGGGGAUGCUGUUGGGGAGGCUGAUGUUGGGGUCCUUCAACAGCUUAAAGAUCACGCUCAGGAUCAGGUUGAGGCCAAAAUCCAUGAGACAGUGGGUGAGAUUCAAGAGAAAGCUGUCGGGAAGGUUACUGAAAAACUUCACGACGUGGUCGACGCCCACUACAGCAAGGCCAGCAAUGCUGUCUUUUCGCAGAUUGCGAAGGUUGUAGAAAACCAUUGGUAUUAG